AUGCUUUUACAGGUAUGCCCUCCUGUCUGUAUGCCACUUUGCGAACCUUCAUGUUUGGCCAGCCUGCGGUGCUCAGAUAACUGCUACCCAGUCUGCUCACCACCAUGUAUGCAAUCGACUUUAAACUGCCAUCCAGCAUGUAUGCCUAGUUGUCAUCCACUCUGUGUUCAAGCGCUGCAACCUGCAGCAGUAGCACCAAGUUGUAUUCAGCAAUGCAUGCCAGCUUGCUUACCAGAAUGCGUACAGGCGAUACAAACAACAAAGUGUGUACCUCAAUGUAUGCCGCAGUGCUCUCCAAGCUGUAUCCAGUCAAUACCUGCAGUAACUUGUGUUCAAGCUUGUAUGCCGGCUUGUGAAUCAGCUUGUAUUCAUGCAGUUCAACAACCUCACUGUGUGCAACCUUGUAUGCCAGCAUGUGAGAUAAGCUGUAUUCAAGCAAUACAACCAAACUGUCCAUUAUCUUGUAUGCCUUCCUGCCUACCAACGUGUAUUAAAGCUGUUUCACCGGUAUGCGUUCAAGCCUGUAUGCCUAACUGUCAUCCAGCUUGCAUUCAAGCAGUUCCAGCUGCACCAUCUUGUAUUGCGCCAUGUAUGCCAUCUUGCCAACCACUUUGUAUCAAAGCUGUAACUUGCUCCUCCUGUGGUUCAAACUGUCCAGAUAUGUGUAAGCAAGCAGUAUGUGUGCAACAGUGUAUGCCGUCUUGCCAGCCGACAUGUAUCAAUGCUGUUUGUUCCAACUGCGGUAAUAAAUGCCCUUCAUUAUGCCCUAGGUCGGCACCAGUCUGCGUUCAGCAGUGUAUGCCGUCUUGUCAGCAAGCCUGUAUUAGUGCUGUAUGCUCAAACUGCGGUAGUAAUUGUUCCCCAAUGUGUCCAAGACCUGCAGUGAGCUGUAUGCAACAGUGUAUGCCGUUGUGUCAACCAGCAUGUAUGAAAGCAGUAUGUUCUAAUUGUGGUACCAGUUGUCCAGCAGAAUGCCCUCAACCAGUAAAAAUGUGUGUUCCACAAUGUAUGCCAGCAUGCCAAUCCGGAUGUAUUUCUGCUGUCUGCUCUAACUGCGGAAAUAACUGUCCGUCUCUAUGUCCAAAAAAAAUCUGUGUGCGUCAGUGUAUGCCAGCCUGUCUUCCAUCGUGCACUCAAGCUGGCACGACGUGCAUUCCGCAGUGUAUGCCAACUUGCUUGCCGCAGUGUAUCCAAGCUAAUCAAGGAGUACAAAUGCAUGCAACCGUUCAGCAGUGUGCUCCAGCCUGUAUGCCAUCUUGCGAACCUUCAUGCUUGGCACAGCAGCCAACCUGCAUUCAAAUAUGUAUGCCAGCUUGUGCGGAAACCUGUAUCCAAGAACACACAAAACAGUCGUUACCGAGAUGCAUACCUGCUUGCAUGCCUGCCUGUUCACCCACUUGUACCUUACAGUCACCGUCAAGUCAGUUCUCAGCAACUAUACUAUGGCAGUAA